UUCAUAGAGAACGUAUCCGAGUGAAACAUAUGUCGCUAGUCUCCUGAGUAUAUUUCCAAUCCAUUUUCAAGCUGUCAUUUAAUUUUGAAAUUCAAAAUGAAACGUAAUUAUGAAUCCAUGCCUGUAGCGAUCUAUGAAAAAAGGUCUCGAAAAGAAUUAGCUCUUAUCGAUAACGAACCUGGAAAUGGGCAACUUAUAUCCGCCGUAAACCGAACCUCUAAACUUGAGUCACCUAUCAUGUUAUUAACUGGACACGAAUCCGAAAUAAACUCCUGUAAAUUUCAUCCUAAUGGAGAAACAAUCUUAUCUGCUGGUUUUGAUCGGAACAUAUUUUUAUGGAAUACAUAUGGUGAGUGUAAAAAUUAUGCUAUUAUGUCAGGCGGACAUAAAGGAGCUGUUUUGGAUGCCCAUUUUUCUGGCGCUGGCGAUUAUAUUUUUUCAGCUUCGACGGAUAAAAAUUUGAUCAUUUGGGAUGCAAAAACUGGAGCUCGAAUGAAAAAACUCAAGGGACAUCAGAGUAUUGUUAACGCUUGUUGCCCUUGUCGUGAUCAAUCCAAAGCUUUGCUAUGCAGUGUCUCGGAUGAUAAAACAAUUAGGAUAUGGGACACCAGAAAACGACAAGUUUCAUCCGUGAUCAAAGAGAAUUAUCAAUUAACCGCGUGUAUCUUCAAUGAAUCCGCUGAUCAAGUUAUUGUUGGAGGCAUCGAAAAUUUGAUCAAAGUAUACGAUCUUCGUAAGAAUAAGCUUUUGUAUACAAUGCCGGGACAUUUUGACACCAUUACUGGUUUGGCUCUUAGUCCCAACGGAAAUUUUGUCCUAUCAAAUUCGAUGGAUAAUUCACUAUGCAUUUGGGAUAUUCGUCCAUUUGUACAAUCUGAUCGCUGCACAAAAACAUUGACGGGACAUCAACAUAAUUUUGAGAAAAAUCUUUUACGUUGUUCUUGGUCACCAAACGGAGAUCGUGUUACUGCCGGCUCGGCUGAUCGUAACGUAUAUAUUUGGAAUGCUUAUGAUAAACGAAUAAUUUACAUAUUACCUGGCCAUAAUGGAUCAGUCAACGAAGUUGUUUUCCAUCCAAACGAACCUAUAAUCUUAUCGUGUUCAAGCGAUCGACAAUUGUUUCUUGGUGAAAUCGAUCCAUAAUCAUUUUUCAUCAUAGAACAUUUAUUUUUUAUUUUUGUGGUUAUAAAUACAUCCAUAAUACAUUCAUAAUUAAAAAAGAAUUCAUAAUUCUAUUGGUUUCAAGACGC